AAGAGAUUGUUUUAUUGAAUUUUAAUUUAUUUUUUAAAUAAUUAUGACUUGAAAUUUUAUAGAUAGACAUAGACAUACCCAUAGUUUUUGCAAUAUAAAUUUUUAUACCAUCAAGUAAUUUUCAAUAUUGAUCAUUUUUGAAAAAGUUGUAUUUUUCUGUGUAGCAUUUGCAUUUUUGGGCAACAGAAGUUCGAUAGUUAGUGCAAUUCUCUGGACAGACUGUCGCUUCUUUGUGGCGACACGCGUCGCCUUUCAGAUGAGUCACAAUUAAAAGGCUUGGCCCCAAACAAGGGUCCCGGGUUCGGGUUCGGGCUCGAGUUUGGGUCCGGGCUCCUCUGCGUGUGGGCACCCCGUAUUUGUAUUCAAUUCUUGGCCGCAAAACAGUGGAAACCGCAAAUGACAGACACGACGGAAAAGUGAAAAACAAAAUUUAAACAAAAACGGAGACACCCAGACAAGUGCAGAGGGGCGUUGGGCGGCCCAAAGAGGGAUUUCGUAAUGGCAUUUAAUGGCUGGCACACACACACACUCAGCAGGCAACAGUUUCCCCACCAACGAAUCUAGAUACUUUAGCCAGAUACUCAGAUACCCAGAUACAGUACAUAACGUCAUCAGUUGAUUUUCCAUGAGGCGCCAAACGAAGCGUGCAACCGAAAAAAGCGAAAAUAGUAGGCACAAUAGUAAAAAUAAAACGAAUAGAGCGCAUAAACAACUGCAGGCGCAAUAGAGAUUGUAUUGUAUUUCGACGCGUACGGAUAUCUGGAUGGGAUGGUAUAGGAUGGGGUAGCUGCAUCGGUGAUCCGUCUAUUAAUAGGACAGCUCCACAGCAGGUUCGCAGCGGGGGAGGUGUUUGCCUUGCGACAACGACCAGCCGAUAAACCAGGAACACCUUCAGUAGCACUCCGGUCGCACUCCGCGCUCGACUCCCCAAUCCAAUCGAAGAUUUUGCAUCCCAUCGGUAUCUGGUAUCUGUUUUGUGCAUGUGAUCUAAUAAAAAAUGUGUUAUCCCCUUUUGACAGCAGGCUGUUAAUUUCUAAGGCAAAACAUUGUGUGUGCAGUUGGUGGAUAUGCCAGGUACAGAUGACUAUUCAAAUCCAGAUCGGAGAGAAGCCACAAUAAAGCCCGGGCGAGAAAUCAAACGAUCGGCAGCACAACAAGCACUCAACGCACAUUAACGCAAAACGCUUCGAAUUAACACUGAGCGCUAAAUUAAAAAAUACAAAACAUCAAGAAUAAAACAAAUUUAAGACAUGGAUACAAAGGCAACAACUAAGGGGGCCGAGAUUGAGCAGUUUUUGUUGGAUGUCCGCGCCCAUUUCCGAGCCUCGCUGGAGACCUCGGAGUACGAGAACGCCUCGAACCUCUUCCACAUGACAGCCGCCGAGCAGACCGCCGCACUUCUGGCCCGCUGCGAGAUUCUGCUGGCUGCAUCUGGAUCUGGAUCGGGAUCGGGAUUGGGAUGCGCAGACGAGCAGGCGGCAAACCUGGCCGACUGCGUCGACAGCAAAGUGGGCGCGGAGACCGGUCCCAGCGGCUAUCUGGAGAUGCUCGCCUCCCCGGCCUCCUCGAAAAACUCGCUGUCCGCCUCGCGGGAAUACAUUGAUCUGGGGAGCAGCGGGUCCCUGGAUCGCUGCUCCGUCCACCAACCGGUUGCGGGAUCGGCGGACAAGGAGCCGCCUCAGCAGCUCUACGAGAUCUGCCAGGGUCAGGGAGCGGGUCAGGACCAGGCCCAGGACGAGGAUGAGUCCCAGCAGGCGAUCACCUUCACCCACGAACUGAUCAUCGACUGUCCGUACGCGGAUCUGCCCGCUGGCCACCUGUCCCUGCAGAGAUCCACCAAAUACGGACAGCUGCAGCGGAUCGUUCCGAAGCGGCUGUUCUUCGACCAGACCCGCAAGUGCUACUGCGGCAUCCUCAACGACUGGAUGCUGUGCUAUGCCGACGGACCCACCGCCUGCCGACCCAGCAGCACCCUCUACCUCAAGUGCUCCUCCAUCGAGAUCGAGCACUUUGGCGAGGGCAAGCGGCGCGAUAUCUGCUUCCAGAUCACCACGGACGACCCCAACAAGAAGUUCGUGUACCAGGCCAACAACGAGGUCGAUGCCAAAGAGUGGAUACACGCCAUCGAGGCGGCCAUCCGCGGCGAUGCCGGUGCCCAUCCGGUCCUGAAGAGCCCACCGCCCCGGAAGCUGCCCACUCCGCCGGUCCAGAAGAAGUCCAGCUAUGUAGCAACGGAUAUUAUAUACGAGGAGCCCUCGCCCAUUUAUGGCCUCAUCGACUCCUCGGCCAUGGUGCUGCCCAAGCUGCCGGAGAAGAACAACAGCCCCAACUCGCUGGCCCGCCGCUUCGAGUACGAUGUGCCCAAGUGUCCGGCACAGCCGCUGCAGGAACACUCCGUCGGCGUGGCCCCCAUUGAUGGAGGCCUGGAAUCCCUGGGGUUGCUCAACGAGGCGGAGGUCAAGGUGCAACCACUGCCCUCCAGUCUGCAUGGAAACAGCUCGCUGGAUUUUCAAGCCCGGGUGAAAACCGUGCACAGCGAGCUCUCCACCCAACUUUCAGCGGGUGGUCCCAGUCCAGAUCGUCUAAAGAAGGCGGUGAAGAAGAGCUACACGAAUGGCAGCGAACCAGAAAUGCUCUCACCGCUCACCAGUCCCGCCCACACGCCCACCAAGGAGCAAAAGAAGCAGCGCAAGUCGACGACCACGCCACAGUCAAGUCCGGUUGAUAAGGAUAAGCUGGCCAGGAACUGGUUCCUCAGUCGCCUGAACAAGAGCACGACCAAGACGAACAGCUCGGCGGUCAGUGGAUCACCGAACAAUGCCAAGUGCAAGCAGAGCGAGAAGGAGAACCUGCUGACGGAUGCGGAGCUGGGCGAGGGCUACGAUGCGAGUCCGGAUCCUGGCCUGCUGGGCAGCCCACCCACGUCGCCCACGUGCCUGAAGGCGGACGCCAAGAGCAAGGUGAACAUGAUCAUCAACCAGUUCGAGACCAGUGGCCACCUGUCCACCAUGUUCAGCGUGGAGGCGCUGGCCGCCAAUGCGCUCGCCUCGCUGACAUCCUUCUGCGAAAGUGAUGGUUACAACAACUACGAGCCCAUCAUGCCCCUGGCCACGACUCCGAGCAGCUUCCUGAAGAAGGUGUAGACUGCCGCACAUCGCUAUCCAUCAUCCGACAUCCUGGAGAGCUCGUUCGUCUCUGUAUUUUAGAUUUAAUCCUUAGGCUAGUGAAAACCACUCUCCGGGUGUCUCAUAAACUUUGACAUAAAAUUUUAAUAUCAAAACAUAAUGGUUGUUAGCAUACGUAAAAGUA